AUGGUUGCGACAUUCAUUUUGACACGUACUUUUGCCAUAUCCGCGUUAUUCGUUGGAGCGGUUAACCUCGCACGUGCUGCGCCUAUCGUUGUCUCCCCAAACGCUGGAAUGGUUGAACAAUGGUGUUACGUCCAUGCCUCUGUCUCCGCCGAGUCGUCCUCUGGAUCAUUACCCCUUCUCAAUGUGAUGGAUCCCCCCAUUGAUAUAGCGUCCCUUAUCAUGAAAUGCCCGGAGCAGAUGAGGCUGUUAUUUUCUGUAGGCCAUCUCGUCAUUCUGCUAGUGGCAACUGGGAUUAAAUCUACCCAGGAUGUUGAAAAUGUCGACGACACAUCGAUAUCAGCUCGACUCAUGUCUCAAGCUUCUUCCAAGCGGAGAUCAAUCUUGGACGAAGUGAUGGCAGGCAUUUUCAGGCGCACACCCGCUGACUUGUCUACUGACAGUUGCCGUGAAGAGGGUUGCAUGAAGAAGCGCAUUCCAGACACAGAUAGUUGCCGCGAGGAGGGAUGCAUGAAGAGACGCGCACCGGGUGCGGACAACUGUCGCGGUGAGGGGUCCGCCUCGCGGCCCUUCCAUCACAGUGCCGCUCUCCUUUACCCUCUGCUUCCUACUUCCUUUAUUCGUGCGUUCAAUCUUAUUAUUCGCGUCACCAUUAUUCUCUUCGGUGUUACCAUCUGCACUCGACGCUCUUUCUUGGUACGCGUUUAUAUUUCAGCAGAAGGAGGAAAGUCAAUGCCGCCCCAAGAGAGCGUGGCUUGUCCCUCGAACCCCAAGGUCAUUUUAGUAUUCCCCGCUGGCGAAAACUCAUACCUAAUCAUUCAUUGGUAA